AUGGCGACUGGCAUUCUGAAAGUUGACGGCGAGAACGUCGUCGGAAAUGACGGCAAGCCAGUCAUUCUCCGAGGAGCUGGCUUGGGAGGAUGGAUGAACAUGGAGAACUUCAUCACCGGCUUCCCAGGCCACGAGCAUCAGCACCGCGCGGCAAUGCUCAAAGUUCUCGGAAAGGAGAAGUACGAAUUCUUCUUCGACAAGUGGCUCGAGUACUUCUUCACCGACAAGGACGCCGAGUUUUUUGCCAGCAAAGGGCUGAACUGCCUGCGCAUCCCCUUCAACUACCGGCACUUCGAGGACGACAUGAACCCGCGCGUGCUCAAGGAAUCCGGCUUCAAGCAUCUGGACCGGGUCGUCGACCUGUGCGCCAAGCACAACAUCUACACCAUUCUCGACAUGCACACCGUGCCCGGUGGCCAGCACGGCGACUGGCACGCGGACAACGCCACCAACUACGGCGCCUUUUGGGACUUCAAGGACCACCAAGACCGCACUGUUUGGCUGUGGGAGCAGAUUGCCAGCCGCUACAAAAGCAACGCCUGGGUUGCCGGGUACAACCCGAUCAACGAGCCGUGCGAUCCCCUGCACUGGCGGCUGCCCGCCUUCUACGACCGCAUCGAAGCCGCCAUCCGGAAGAUCGACCCCCACCACAUCCUGUGGCUGGACGGCAACACGUUUGCCAUGGAAUGGAAGUAUUUUGACAAGAAGUUGCCGAACUCCGUCUACGCUCUGCACGACUACACUAUGAUGGGCUUCCCCAAAGGCGAAAAGUACACGGGCUCAGCGGAACAGAAGGCGAAGUUGGAGCGGCAGUUCCUCCGCAAAGCCGAGUUCAUGUACAAGUUCGAAACACCCAUCUGGAACGGCGAGUUCGGCCCUGUGUACGCCAACCCCGAGCUGGACGCGGACCACGAGGCGGUGAACGCGGCGCGGUACUCGGUGCUGUCGACGCAGCUCGGCAUCUACGACAAGUACAAGAUCCACUGGAGCAUCUGGCUGUACAAGGACAUCGGCGUGCAGGGCAUGGUGCACACGAGCCCCGCCAGCCGCUGGAACCGCACCAUCGCCCCCUUCCUGCGCCGCAAGCGCGAGCUGCAGCUCGACGCCUGGGGCCGCCACCCGAGCAAGCAGGUCGAGCAAGUCAUCGAGCCGCUCGUCGAGUGGAUCGACAGCGUCGCGCCCACCAGCGCCCAGCAGUACCCCACACCGUGGCACACCGAGCGCCAGAUCACGCGGCUGAUCAACCAGAUUUGGCUGUCGACGUGUCUGCAGGACGAGUUUGCGGCGUUGUUUGAGGGCAUGGGGUUUGAGGAUCUGGAGGAGUGUGCGAGGAGCUUUGCGUUUGAGGAGUGCGUCCAGCGCGAGGGCUUGAACAAGGCGCUUGAGGAACACAGUGCCGUGCCCGAGGUCGACGCUAAUUGGAAGCGACCGGCGUACAAGACUUCUGAUCCGAAAGAAGCGAUUGGUGUAUGA